UAAAAGCAACCAUUUCCACUGCCGCCAACUCCUCAAAAACCAUGGCGUCAGUCGCCACCGUCCUCCGCCGUAACCUCUCCGGCAAGCCACUCCGUUUCCGACUUCCAUCACCACGAUCAUUCUCCGACUCGCCGCCGCAGAGACUCGAGAAGAUUCUGAUCGCCAACCGCGGCGAAAUCGCCUGCAGGAUCAUGCGGACCGCGAAGCGGCUCGGAAUUCAAACCGUCGCCGUUUUCAGCGACGCCGAUAGAUACUCGCUCCACGUCAAAUCCGCCGACGAGGCCGUUCGUAUCGGUCCGGCUCCGGCUCGGCUCAGCUACCUCAACGCCUCGUCGAUUCUCGACGCCGCCGUUCGCACCGGUGCGCAGGCUAUCCAUCCUGGCUAUGGUUUUCUGUCAGAGAGUUCUGAUUUUGCGCAACUUUGUGAAGAUAAGGGUCUCACCUUUAUUGGACCUCCGGCAUCUGCCAUAAGGGACAUGGGGGAUAAGAGUGCGUCAAAGAGGAUAAUGGGUGCAGCAGGGGUACCUCUUGUGCCUGGAUAUCAUGGUCACGAUCAAGAUAUUGAAUUAAUGAAGAUGGAAGCUGAUAAGAUUGGAUAUCCAAUCUUAAUAAAGCCAACUCAUGGAGGUGGGGGAAAGGGUAUGAGGAUUGUGCAAAGUCCGGAUGAGUUUGUUGAAGCCUUUCUUGGAGCACAACGUGAGGCUGCUGCUUCUUUUGGCAUAAACACAAUUUUGCUGGAGAAAUAUAUUACACAGCCAAGGCACAUAGAAGUCCAGAUAUUUGGGGAUAAACACGGGAAUGUUCUACAUUUAUAUGAGAGAGAUUGCAGUGUACAAAGAAGACACCAGAAAAUAAUUGAAGAAGCUCCAGCUCCAAAUGUUUCUGAAGACUUCCGGUCCCACGUGGGUCAAGCGGCUGUAUCUGCUGCCAAGGCAGUUGGCUAUCACAGUGCUGGCACAGUGGAGUUUAUAGUGGAUACAGUCUCAGGCCAGUUCUAUUUCAUGGAGAUGAAUACCCGUCUUCAGGUUGAGCAUCCUGUGACCGAGAUGAUUGUUGGCCAAGAUCUUGUAGAGUGGCAAAUUCGUGUAGCAAAUGGAGAACAUCUUCCCAUUAGUCAGUCACAAGUCCCGUUGUCCGGUCAUGCUUUUGAAGCCCGGAUAUAUGCUGAAAAUGUACCAAAAGGAUUCCUUCCUGCAACUGGAGUUCUUCAUCACUAUCAGCAUGCUCCCCUUUCACCAACAGUUCGAGUUGAGACUGGAGUUGAACAAGGAGACACCGUUAGCAUGCAUUAUGAUCCUAUGAUUGCAAAGCUUGUAGUAUGGGGAGAAAAUCGUGCAGUAGCACUGCUAAAACUGAAGGAUUGCUUGACAAAGUUUCAGGUUGCAGGUGUACCAACCAACAUCAGUUUUCUUUUCAAACUUGCCAAUCAUCGGGAAUUUGAAAAUGGGAAUGUGGAAACUCAUUUUAUUGAACAUUUUAAAGAUGACCUAUUCCCUAGUAAUUUGGAAGUAACAAACACAGUGCUUGGUGCUGCUAGAUUUGGUGCCAAACUGGCAGCUGCGUGUCUCAUUGAAAAGGAGAAUUCUGUAUUUAGAGAAAAUCUUCCUGGAAGCAACACGAUCUCGAUAUGGUAUUCUAAUCCACCGUUCAGAGUCCAUCAUUGUGCUAGGCAUACACUGGAACUUGAGUGGGAGAAUGAAUACGAUAGCAGUGGCUCAAAGUUAUUGACCUUUUCAGUAACUUACAAAUCAGAUGGGAGCUAUUUAAUUGAGACAGAAGAGGACAUUUCCCCACCUUUGGAGGUCAAAGCAACUUGUGUAGGUGACCAUGAUUUCAGAGUUGAAGCUGAUGAUGUAAUCAUGGAUGUUAGCUUAGCUGUUUACUCGAAGGAUCAGACCAAGCACAUUCAUAUGUGGCAUGGGUCCCAUCAUCAUCAUUUCAGACAAAAAUUGGGUCUUGAAUUAUCCAAUGAAGAUGAAACCGAACAUAGGCCCAGUUUUGACAGAUCAUCUCAUCCUCCGGGGACUGUUGUUGCACCCAUGGCAGGUUUGGUUGUCAAGGUUCUUAUUAGAGAUGCAACAAAAGUGGAGGAAGGACAACCUAUUUUAGUAUUAGAGGCAAUGAAGAUGGAGCAUGUUGUAAAGGCACCAUCAGCAGGCUAUGUCCACGGGCUUCAUCUAUCAGCUGGCGAGCAGGUUUCUGAUGGCAGUGUUCUCUUCAGUAUUAAGGAGAAGGAUUCACAGUGAUGUCCAUUGUUUCCGUAUAGUUUUGCCAACGGCUGGGAACAACCUCAUUCUGAACAUGUGUGUGCUUGAACACUGGGGCGAAUUAUCUGAACUGUGAUCAAGUAAGUUGUACCGUAAAUAACUUUAUUCCAUUGGAAUAAACUCUUACCAGUUCAAUUGUAACAAAAGCAGCGUUGUGUAAAUUAUUUACUGAAGUAAAUGGAAGAAGGCAGUUUUAAUCCAA